AUAGAUGUAGACAAGCUCUUCUAGGCAGUUUGAAGAAAGAAGAAGUUUUUAUUAUAAUGGACUGGGCGAUGAAAUUCCUGCCCUUGUCAUUUAGGGAAAAACAGUCUGACUGGUAUGCACAAAAAGGCAUAAAUUGGCAUGUGUGUGUGUGCAUUUUCAAAGAUGAUGAAUCAAAUUUGAAGCAUAGGACGUAUACCCAUAUCUUUGACCAGGUGAAGCAAGAUUGGUUUGCUGUUGUGUCUGUGUUGGAACACACAUUAAGAACAGUGAAGAAACAACUCCCCUGUAUUACAACAGCUUACCUCAGAAGUGAUAAUGCAGGUUGUUAUCAUUGUGGAAACACAUUGUUAUCCCUUGAUGGGAUUUCAGAAAGAACUGGAAUCACCAUAAAAAGAUAUGACUUUAGUGAGGCGCAGGAUGGUAAAUCCUAUUGUGAUGCCAAGAUUGCCCAUCUAAGAUGUAAGAUUCGUCAAUAUGUUUCUUCUGGGAAUAAUGUUAAAACAGCAGGCGAUAUGAAGAACGCCAUAGAUUCUUUGGGUGGUGUAAUGGGCUGUCAAUCUUCACACGUCCAGAUAAAUUCCCAAGUAGCUGGAGAAGCCAAUAAGAUCAAGAAUACAUGGAAAGGAAUAUCAAAGAUCUCAAAUAUAGAGUUACGAGAAAAGCAGAUCAUUGCAUUUAAAGCUUUUGGAGUUGGUUGUGGGAAUGUGAUGUCAGAAGAGCAAUUGAAAAAGAUCUGUCCUUCCCAACUGUCUGCAACAGAAAUCGUUGUCAUUUCUGACUUUGUUGUACCAAAAAAGGAAGCAGGCAGCAUUACUUACAAAGCCCAUGAUUUGGUUACUGAUACUAUUGCUGUGGAAUUACCUGUUGACAGCAACCACAAUGAGACCAUGCAACCAUUAUCGAAUAGUAUAUUCACAUGUAUAGAACCUUGUUGCUCAAGAGUGUUCCAGACUUACUCUGGUCUUGAGUCCCACAUACUACUGGGAAACCACCAAAUUAAGUUAAAACUACUAUUUACGAACAUUGGGGGGAAUUCUAUGUCAUAG